UCACUCCAAAUCGAUCACGCUGACGGGUCGGCUGACGCGUUGCAACCCAAAGCAGAAGUAGUGCGAUCACCACUUCAACGUAUUGAAGCAAAGUGAAAGCACACUACUCUACAAAUUUUCUCCUCGCAUUAAAGCCUCCAAGUAGAUGAUCAUGGAGCCUUGCGUCGCAGUGCUGGAGCGUCUAUCGGCGGACUUGGGCUGCAGCCCGGUCUCCAGGGAGCUGGCUGCAGAGCUGGACCGGCGGGACGAGCUGGGCCACCUGAGACAGCAGUUCUUCCUGCCGAAAGUAGCGGACCUGCCGCCGUCGGAUCUUUCGCUGGUUGACGGUAGCCAGGAAUGCAUUUACUUUGUGGGGAACUCACUGGGGCUUCAACCCAAAAGCACCAAGAAAUAUCUCGAAGAGGAGCUGGAGAAAUGGGCCAAGUUGGCAAUACACGGACACACCGAGGGCAGCAGGCCCUGGGCGUGGGCGGAGGAAACCAUCGAGCAGCUUAUGGGGAAAGUUGUUGGUGCCAAACCAGAGGAAGUAGCUUUGAUGAACGGGUUGACCGUUAAUUUACACCUACUCCUACUUUCCUUUUAUCAACCGACAGCAUCACGUCACAAAAUCCUGAUGGAGGACAAGGCGUUUCCAUCAGACCAUUACGCUGUCGAGUCUCAGAUUCGCCUGAAAGGUCACGACCCCAAGGAGAGCAUGCUGUGCCUGUCACCAAGACCGGGCGAGGACACGCUGAGGACGGAAGACAUCCUGGAGGUAAUCGAGGAGCAGGGCGACUCCAUCGCCGUGGUGAUGUUCAGCGGCGUGCAGUACUACACCGGGCAGCUCUUCGACAUGGAAGCCAUCACCAGGGCCGGCCAUAAGGAGGGUUGCUACGUGGGGUUUGACUGCGCCCAUGCAGCAGGGAAUGCUGAGCUGAAGCUGCAUGACUGGGGGGUGGACUUCGCCUGCUGGUGCACCUAUAAGUAUGUGAACUCUGGGGCCGGUGGACUGGCGGGAGCGUUUAUCCACGAGAAGCAUGCCGACACCGUGAGACCGGCGCUCCUAGGGUGGUGGGGACAUGACAGAAAAACGCGUUUCCAGAUGAAUAAUAUGAUGGAGCUUCAACCAGGCGUGCAUGGAUACAGAUUGUCCAACCAACCCAUCCUACUAGUCGCCCCCCUGCAGGCCAGCCUGGAGAUCUUCGACAUGACCAGCAUGUCGGCGCUGCGCUGCAAGUCUAUGCUGCUGACGGGUUACCUGGAGUACCUGAUCCAGCACUACUACACCCGGGACCCCUGCCGGCCUGACCAUCCCCACGUCACCAUCCUCACCCCCAGGGACCCCCAGCAGAGGGGCUGCCAGCUGUCCCUGUCCUUCUCAGUGCCCAUCGGCAGAGUCUUCCUCGAGCUGGAGAGGAGAGGAGUGGCGUGUGACAUGCGGGAGCCAAGCGUGCUGCGUGUGGCCCCCGUGCCUCUUUACAACUCCUUCAAUGACGUGCAUCGCUUCGUGGAGCUCCUGGGUGCGUCUCUCAUCGCCAGCGGGUCUCAGAAGUAGAAGCCGGGAGAUCUGCUUCACUGAACAGAAGGCCGCAGCCCAGCCCUGUUUCCUCAGUAGCACUGUCUACGAAGGCUCCUUGUGUAUGUGUGUGUUCCAAUGUUCAAACUAGCCCCAGACAGCCUUGACAGGGGAGACGGUUGAACAAGGCUGUCUGGGGUAGUUUGAAAGUUUUUACAAAACCGCCACUGUGGAGGGAGUGUGGAUGACGGCUGGUUUCAGCAGCCUCACCUGGCGGAGUCUGAUUGGACCCUGGGGCUGGGUUAGGCUGCACACCUGUUGUGCAUUGAGUAAUCAGCCGGCACAGGUUAAACCAGCCAUCACCAUACACACUGAGGGAGAUCUCCUGCACGGCAACAUGGAGCACCAGCUCAUGUAUCAAUGUCUGCAAACCUUUCAAUAAACCGGCUUUCAACAUCACA